AUGGACCGUGCUCCCGAGCUCACUGGUUCUGGUUCGGCCUCCUCUGGCACGUCCAGUACCGGGACCGUGAGUUUGCUCACGCGUGGGCAGCUUCGCUUGCGCCGCCGGGUGGCUUUUCAGUUUGCCUGGCUCAACAGCUUGUCUGCACGGAUCGCCCUUCUCGAAGACGACUCUCUUGUCCGCAGGGCGUCAGGCUUGAUGCCUUCUUCUCCGAUCCUGUCCGAAGCUGCCAUCUGCCCCGUUUGCAACGGUGACUUGUUUGUGCCAGACAGCUCCAUUGAGGAAUUCCCUAUGGACGAGGAACUGCAUGCCUCCCCGGAAGGUCCCCAAAAGGACGCGCUUGUUGUGUCGCCGGCUUCAUCUCCUGCGAAGGCCCUUUCCUACGAGCCAUCUCCUUUUGAUAUGCCUGUUACGAGCUGUGCCUCGUUGGGAUCUGACCUUGAUGCCGCUUCGGUUGAUGAUGGUAGCGGUGUUGAUGAGGAAAGGGCUUGGUGGUCUCAAGUUGCAGAAGAAGUGAAUUUGCACUCAUCCUGUGAUCCGCUCGCAGGGCAGGUCGUUGACUUCAGGACCACCUCCGCAGCCGCCCUUCGUUCUCAGUGGCAGUUGGAAGAUGCUGGUGCCCUUGUUCAACCUUGGGAGACGGGGGUGUUUGGGGAGAUUUUCGGAGGCAAGCCCGCUUCCUUGUUUCCCCAAAACAAAAGGUCGGUCUUUCCUCUGUUGGCCAGCGAAGGUGUGUCUUCAAAUGAGAUUUCUGAGAGCCUAGCCAAAAGGCCCAAGAAAUCGACCAGACCUUUGAGCUUCGAUCGCGUGGUGCAACAACGUGCCAUUGUCAGUUGGAGGGAUCAGAGAAGCUCCCAGUUUGACAUUGGGGUUGAGCUUUGGCGCCGCUUGUUGAACUCUUGGUCGGGAUGUUCUCUUGAUAGCGUGAUUGGUUCUUCGCAGGACGCUCAGAGCCAAAGAGGAGUCCUCACAGACCUGUUUAGAGGGAAGGCGCCCUCUACGCUGGUUAAAAGGUCAAGAGCCGUCUCGUUCUUGUUGGAGCACCUUGAGCCAGAGCAUUUCUUCCCUUGUUCCGAAUGUUCCUUGUACGAGGCAUUAAAGCGCAUUGAGCGCAAGGGGGUGGAUUGUCUGGUGAACAGCCGCCGGUGCCGGGGACUAUGCACCAAUGAGGUUUUCACGGAGUCUAAACAAGCACCUGCGCUGACGCUGAGCCAGCUGGAGAGGCUUCAUGUUGUCUUAGAGGAACAUGCUGAUGCGUGGACGAGGCAUUUCGCUGGUGCUGCACUCGUGACUUGUUACGCCAGAUGCAGGCGGUCGGACGUCCAGCACACUGACAAGAUCGUAUGGGAUGCAGACUCAGAAGGCAGGCUCGCCUAUGUCGAGUUGCAAAUUGGCUUGCACAAAACCAGCCGACUACAGAGCAAGAGACACCGAUUCAUGCAUGCUGUGGCCCCGGCUGUUGCUUUGCGGGGCGACUAUGCUUCCAGGUGGAGAGAGUACCGGCGCGAGCUUGGGUUGGCAGACCCACCUCACAUGCCUUUUUGCCCUGCUCCUGACCGAAGCGGAGCCCCGACUGUGCGGGGCAUUGAAUCAGAUGAAGCGACGGCGUGGUUGAGGCUGAUCUUGAAGGAGGAUGAUGACAGUGAGUGUCGUGUUUCUUCCAAAUCCUUGAAGGCCACGGUGAUUUCAUGGGGAGCGAAGCGAGGUCUCGAGCCACUCGUGUUGCAGAGGUUAGGCUACCACGCUGCAGGAGGCAUGGAUGUUGUUUACUCUCGUGAUGCCCAAGCUCCUCUGCUGUUACUUGUGGAACGCUUGAUAAAGGAGAUCAAAGACGGAGCUUUCCGCCCAGAUGAAACUCGGGGAGGCAGGCUCGACAUCAGGCGCUUGGCUCGCUUAGCUGUGCCAGCAGUUGGUGCAGCGGUCGAAGAGGUGUGCCCCGAAGCUGGAGUUGCCCCAGCUGACGAUGAACUCGAACCACCGGCGCCGGAAAGGGCAAAUCUUGGUCCCUUUCAUGGCGAGGGAGGUGAUGAUGAUGGCGCAAAGCCUGGCAGUGAGGCCUCCGAGAGGCCAGCAGACUCUCCAUGUUGUGAGUCCUCCUCAUCAUCAUCUUCUGAAGACGAGGAUGAUCAGCCCAUGUCGUGGGUGGGUCCGAGGAGCGCAGUGCCUGCGGGUUUUGAUCUGUGGAUGCAUGCCCAGUCCUUGAUCACCCACUUGGCGCCAAGCGCAAACUUCCGGAACUUGUUGGCUUGCGGUCGACGUGUGGGCCCGCAGCAUCGCAAGUUGGAAGGGAGGCAGCUUGGAGAGGCCAAGCAAUGUAAAUUUUGUUUCCAGUUACCAAAGGGUCCUUGA